CGACAGCACCGAUUUCAAGACGUCAGGGACCAAUCUUUAUUUCAAACACAGCCAUAUCAUUUGUCGUUAAGAUGCCUCCAGCACUCAGUGAUGAAGAAGCUUCCGAUCGGGAGGAGUUCGAGCGCCUGUCAUCGCCCAAGAAAUCCGGCCGCUCGAGGAGUUCGACUUCAUAUAACCAAGACAUUCCCGAUGAUGAUGAUAUGAAGGGCAAAACCAACGGCAAUGGGGGCGAAGAUUACGAAGAAGAUGAGGAGGAAUUCGAGGAGGAAGUGUAUGUGGUCGAGAAGAUUAUGUCACACAUGAUCGAUAAGAAUGGAAAACCGUUCUUUGAGGUGAAGUGGGAAGGGUAUGAAAAGAAGUCUGAUCGGACAUGGGAACCGGAAGAGAACUUGAUUGAGAACGCUUCCGAAGCGCUGAACGAGUACCUCGAGAGCAUCGGCGGCCGAGAAAAGUUACACGAAGAGACAGCGAACGCGCUCAAGACCAAAAAACGAGGGAGGCCAUCUUCAACCACUCCGCAAGGGGGUGGGAAAAGAUCGAAGCGAAACGGCGACCACCCGGCGAAUUCGGAGCCGCCUCUGAGCGCAAAGGCGGCGACAUGGAAGCCACCGCCAGGGAGCUGGGAAGACCAUAUUGCGCACCUAGACGCCUGCGAGGACGAGGAAACUGGGAAGCUAAUGGUCUACCUCACGUGGAAGAACGGCCAUAAAACGCAACACCCCACCAGCGUCAUUUACCAAAGGUGCCCUCAAAAGAUGCUGCAAUUUUAUGAGCAGCACGUCCGAAUAGUCAAGCGCGAGCCGUCAACCGAAGCCCAAUGA